UACAGGUUACUGGCACACAAAGCUCUGAAUUGGUCUGGGUCUGUGGCCUUACAGGAGACUGAGACACAGACAGCUUAUUCAGUCUGAACAAGGACUAAAGAAGGUAAAACAGGAGCACCCGGAGAUCACAUGAUACAAACAGUGGGGCCAGAGACAGACAAAUCAGAGAAUUAAAGAGGCAAAGCGCAUGGACUGACCAAGAGAAGGAGCGAAUGAAUUAGUCCCAGGGGACGCUGCAUAGGGAAUAGCAGCAGCAAAUCCAUAGGGAAAUACAAGGUCCAUUUAUUCAGCUGGCCCAGUGAGGCUAAAGAAUGAGCCUGAAAGGGGUAUUGCUGCCCAGCACUCCAAUAGUCUCACUGCAAAAUUUUAGUUCCGCUAAAAGAAGAUGCCCUAUUACGCCUUUUUGCCUUCCCGCGGUGUCCACUGCACAAGCACCACAAACUGCCAGUAUGCGUCGCGUUUCUUCUCAAUUCCUCCCCCGGCUGAACCCUUUGCACCCCCCUGGAGUUAAGAGGAGAACUGUAAGCUUGGAAACGGUGGCGGCACAUCACCACAACCAACAGCGAUCUCUAAACAUGCAGCAAAAAGAGUACAACAGAUAUCACCAGGGCUGGAGGCGGCCAUUUUAUGGCACAGCAACAGAAAAGGAAGAAUACAGGAAAGAUAUCCGGCAGCUCCUAAAAAAGCAAAUGAGUGAGAAAUGGGCCCUUCAGCGGGAGGCGCUGAGCAGCCAGAGCAAAGAGCUGGAGACCCUGAUGGAGGUGGACCGCACGGCACUGAUACAAGAUAUUGAGCAACAUAGGGCACAUGCCCUGUUUCUGACAAAAUACCGAGAUGAGAAUAAGACGUUAAUGGAAUCAAAAUGGCAAGAAAACCUCUUGACUCGAUCACAGGAGACCCUGAGGGAACGUGAGCUGCUACAAUUCAACCCCAUUAACUGGAGCGGGACAUUAAAAUGAUGCACAGGAUCACACAGCCAGAAAUGGCCGACAAUCAAUGAACAGCAGGGAGCCAUGUUGUUCUUAUCGCUAGGUUUGGAUUACUAACAGAACUAGAAUAAGCAGUAAUAAAAAAGUAAAAGGUCAGGACCACAAGCAGGCUAAGAUGUAUUUUGGACCAGUAGGUCUGAAACACAUUGUUUUUUUAUAGCCUGCUUGUGAUCCUGGCCAGGCUUGUCAUGUUCAUUCUAGAGUACUAAUGAAUCUUAGGAACCCAUAUUUUUUGUGUUUUUUAAGCCCCCCCCCAUUCACACACACACACAAACCAACAACCGAAAUUUAGGUUCAAGUUUAAACUUUUACAUCUGUUUAUUCUCCUGAGGACAAUAAAUAAAGACAAUCUAAAAUUC